AACUAGCCUGUUUCCUGGUGUCCUGGGCUGGGCCACCUCCGGGCUUUCUGAGUUGGAGGGCAGUCGGCGGAGAGCCUGCAACAGGAAGGUGGGCCUGCACCACAGCCCGCACGGCCCGCAGCCGCACGAGCACUGAAGGGGACCCGGCCUGUCUGCGGGCCGUCCAGCUCCGCCACCUCCCUCUCCGCCGUCUCCUGCUGCGGUGAGAGGUCCUCCCAGGCCAGGCCAUGGCCCUCCCUCGGCUCUUCUGGAUGUGGCUGCUGGUCGCAGGGACUCAAGGUGUGAACGAUGGUGACAUGCGGCUGGCCGAUGGGAACACCACCAACCAGGGCCGAGUGGAGAUCUUCUACCAAGGCCAGUGGGGGACUGUGUGUGACAACCUGUGGGACCUGCUGGAUGCCAGCGUCGUCUGCCGAGCCCUGGGAUUUGAGAACGCCACCGAGGCCCUGGGCCAAGCCGCCUUUGGGCCAGGAACUGGCCCUGUCAUGCUGGACGAAGUGCAGUGCACGGGGACAGAGUCCUCGCUGGCCGACUGCUCAUCCCUGGGCUGGCUGACGAGCAAGUGCGGGCACAGCCAGGACGCUGGCGUCAUCUGCAGCAACGAAACCAGAGACGUCCACACUCUCGACCUGUCCAGCGAGCUGCCCGCAGCUCUCGAGGGGAUCUUUGACAGCCAGAGCGGCUGCGACCUGUCCAUCAUAGUGAAGGCCCAGGACGUCGACCAGCUACGCAUGUGUGCCCACAGGCUGAUCCUGGCCAGCAACCCCGAGGCCCAGGGCUUGUGGAAGGAGCCAGGCAGCCUGGUCACCAUGGAGGUGGACACCGAGUGUCUGCCCGUCGUCAGAGACUUUGUCAGGUACUUCUAUUCCCGGAGGGUGGACAUCUCCCUGUCCACCGUGAAGUGUUUCCACAAGCUGGCCUCCGCCUUCGGGGCCACACGGCUGCAGCGUCACUGCUCCAGCCUCUUCGCCGUCCUCCUCCCCCAGGACCCCUCCUUCCAGACGGCCCUGGACCUCUACGCCUACGCGCUGGCCUCCCGGGACCCCGUGCUGGAGGGCCUGUGCGUGCAGUUCCUGGCCUGGAACUUCGAGGCCCUCACGGGGGCCAAGGCCUGGUCCCGUGUCCCCACGGCCCUGCUCCGCGACCUGCUCUCCAGGAGCGAGCUGGCCGUGAGCAGCGAAGUGGCCCUGCUGAUGGCCGUGGACGCCUGGAGCCAGGAGACAGGGGCCAGCCGCAGGGACAUGGAGGGGCUGCUGGAGAAGGUCCGCUUCCCCAUGAUGCUGCCCGAGGACCUGUUCCAGCUGCAGUUCAACCUGAGCCUGUACUGGAGCCACCGGGCACUCUUCCAGUCGCGGCUCCUGCAGGCCCUGGAGUUCCACACCGUGCCCCUCCGGCUGCUGGCGCAGCACCGGGGGCCGAACCUCACGGAGGACGCCUACCAGCCCCGCCUCUACAUCUCAGCCACCUGGAGCUCGUCCCUGGAGAAGAGAUCCCGAGACUCCGACAGCUACCAUUAUUACGACUCCUACGGCUACCGUUAUUAUAACCCCUCCCCACGUAACUCCUUCCAGUCCUUCGAGACCCCCGCACACCCCAGCUUCCUCUUCCAGGCCCGCCGCGUCUCCUGGUCUCCCUUCUACCUGUCCACCGUCCAGAGCUGCUGGGACUACGGGUUCUCCUGCUCCUCCGACGAGGUCCCCGUCUUGGGCCUCUCCAACUCGGGCUACUCGGACCCCACCAUCGGCUAUGAAAACAAAGCCCUGAUGAUCUGCGAGGAGCGCUUCGUGGCCCACGUCACCGACUUCAGGGACAGGAAGGCCAGGAUCCCCAGUGCCCUGGACAGCAACAGCUCCAGGGAGGCCUCCUUCUUCCCCUGCCCUGAAGGGUCCUUCCGCAGCUUCCGGGUGGUCGUCCGCCCCUUCUACCUGACCAACUCCUCCAACCUGGACUAGACGGGAGGCUGCCCCCGGCCCCACAGACAGGGGGAUGGUGGGGUGAGGCCCCGCCCGGGGAGCCCAGCCCAGCUUCUUCCUCUCUCACCUCCCUCCCACGACUGGCCUCCAGGGGUCCCCCUGCCACCGCUGAGCUCCCUGAGCAUAAAGAAAUGGCUGGGCCUGCCAGGAAUCCCCGGCUCUCCCGCCGUCCUGCCUGCUGGGAGUGGGGGAGGCUACAGGACAGUAGUGGAGUGGCCCCUGGACUUCCCACGCUGCUUUUCGCUCGCUCUGUCCUCUGUUGUCCCUUUCGACAAUCGAUCAUUAAAACAGCGUCAUGGUC